AUGGGUCGAUUUAAUUGGACAUUACAAAAGAGAGUAGAUGAAUUUGGCAGUUUAUGGUUAAUAAAAUGGUCUUACAUCAAACUUUGUGUUCGGUCUUUGACCUACAAUGCACAUUUGGAUGCAUCUUACGCUUCUGAUGUCCUUAUGGAACCAAUUUAUUGGUUUGUAGAUAAUUAUGCUCACGUAUUGGGCCCGUUUUUUAUUGUAGGUGUGGUUUUAUUAACGACUGCUGUUGUUAGCAUCGCUUAUUGGAUAGGUUUACCAUUUUGGUGGCAAAAAAACCAAGCGAUGACUGUUUGCCUUUUAGCUAUGGGAAAUUGGUUAUUGAUUAAUGUAAUUUUUCAUUAUGUCAUGGCUGUUGUCACCCCAGCCGGAGAGCCACCAGAGGGCAUUUCUCUGACGAAUGCUGUUAGUAUAUGCAAAAAAUGCAUAAAACCAAAACCUCCACGCACUCAUCAUUGCUCUGUUUGCAAUAAAUGUAUAUUAAAAAUGGACCAUCAUUGUCCCUGGCUUAAUAACUGCGUUGGGUACGGUAAUCAUCGUUACUUUUUCCUUUACAUGCUAUACACGACAAUGGGUUCGUUAUUCUUAGUAGUAUUUGGUUUUGAAAUCGGUUAUAGAUAUUUAUGGCUGGAGCAUACCGACAAUUGGACUGAAUUGGAACCAUUGGAAGGGCAUCCGGUCAAAAUAAACUUAAGCGGACAUUUAAUUCCAGUGACUCAUCUGAACGAAUACGACGAAGAUAUAUGGCCUGCUCACCAUGACUUACCGACACCAGCCAAUGCAGUAGACGCUAACAGUCCGUACGUUUUGGGUCGACGUCGUGCUUUAUGGUUUAUGGCUUUUAUAAAUUUGGGCGUGAUUAUGGCGUUGGGUACACUUUGUUGCUGGCACGCUAAAUUGAUAUCGCGUGGCGAGACCAGUAUUGAGGCUCACAUAAAUCAAGCACAACGUAAAGUUAUGCUUGUACAGAAGAAGAUUUAUAUCAAUCCAUAUAAUUUUGGACUAAAAAUGAAUUGGCGUUUGUUUUUAGGUGUAGUUAGAGGCCGAUCGUUUUGGCGUACAGUUCUGUUACCAUCUUGGCAUAAACCCGAAGGUAACGGUUUAAGUUUUUACACAGUUGAUAAUUAUAUUGUUGUCGCAAAUGAUGAAUGGCCAUAAAGUGAUGUUUUAUGCUGUUUCGUUUUAAUGUUUAGUUGCCACCUUAAUAUCAUUAACUUAUUCAUUGCUUUAGUACAACUUAUACGUAAUAGAAAAAACUUCCAUUAAUUAUGUUUAUUAAUGAUUAAUUAUUAAAUGCAAAAAUU